AUGCCCACCGCCCCGCCCGCCGCGAAACCCACCAAACAAAUCUUCGACCCCUUCAACAGCAGCGCCACCGGCCACCAACGCGCCGAGAACCGUCUCAGCGGCAGCACAUCAUGGCGCGACUCGCGACACCAGAAACUGUGCGCGCAGUUCGCCUCCGGCGCGGGCGGCGGCAAGAGAGUGAGCGAUAGUGUCGGAGCGGGGAGUCGGGAUUUCGGGGUGGAUGGGCGGACGGAGAAUGGAGGGUGGGAGAAGGGCGCGAAGGGGUUGAGGACGGGUGGGCAGUUGAGUUUGUGGGAGAGUGUGAGGGUUGAGAAGAAGGAUCAAGAAGAGGGGAGGCCGGCGAAGAGAGUCAAGGCGGAACAGGAAGAGAAGAGGAAGCCGUCUGCGGUGGUGAAUCCAUACACACCGGUCAGGAAACAGGACGGCUCAAUACGAGAGAGCAGCUGGACGUCCCACGAGACCUCGCCCUCUGACCUCCUCGAGCCUAUCGACCCCAUACCACCGUCCUCAGAAAACGUCGAAGAACCCAGCAAAACACCACCAUCAGAGAAAGACCCACCACAAAUCUUCUCUUCCCUCACCUUCUACAUCAACGGCUCCACCGCCCCAAUCCUCUCCGACCACAAACUCAAAAACCUCCUCACCCUCCACGGCGGCUCCAUAGCCAUAGCUCUCGGCCGUCGCACAGUAACCCACGUAAUCCUCGGCAAAGCCAACUGUAAAGGCGGGAUUGGGGGAGGUCUCGCGGCGAGCAAGAUCCAGAAAGAGAUUGCGAGUGUGAAGGGGGCGAAGGUGCGGUUUGUGACGGUCGAGUGGGUCGUGGAGAGUAUCAAGGCUGGGAAGAGGUUGCAGAAGGGGAGGUUUGAGGCGGUGGGGAUGAGGCCUGCGGGUGUUGCGGGGAUUGAGGGGAUGUUUGGGAAGAAGAAGUGA